AUGGAAGCAGCUAGAAAGAUUGCAAAUGUGGAAUUAAAACGAAGAUCAAGUGUUGAAGUUAAAUCAUGUAAAGAAAUCGAGGAACUGAGGAAGCUAUUGGAUAAUUUAGGCCAAACUGAUGUAAGAUAUAGGAGAUACUAUAUUGACGAGAUUGAAGUAGCCACACACAUGUUUUCUGGAAAACAAAUAAUUGGGGAAGGUGGUUAUGGCUCUUUUAGGAGCGUGUCCGAAGAUAAGGUUCUGCGUUGGCAAUUGAGGUUUCAAAUUUCUGCAGAGAUUGCCACAAGAUUGUUAUUCCUACAUCAUACCAAACCUGAACCUAUGGUUGACCCGAAUGAAGUGAAUGCUCUAGCUCAGUUAAUGACAUGGAAGACUGCUAUUACUGACAUACCCUAUGGCAGAGCAAAGUGUGGAGUCGGUUGUAACCCGAAGGAUCUGAGCAUCAGUGAAUUGGAACGUCUCACUCGUGUUUUCACUCAAAAAAUGCUUGAUGAUUAUUCUAAGUUUCAUGGUCAUUCACCAGCAGUGGUGACUGGCAAGCCUAUUGAUCUUGGAGGUUCAUUGGGAAGAGAGGUUGCCACUGGACUUUGGAACGGAUGCUUUAUUUGCUGA